GUUCAGGAACUCGCCCAUUACAGCAGAACAGUUUAGCUGGCGGUGACAGCGCGGGGACAUAUUCAACAUCCCGUUCACUUGUGUUUUUUGGUCUGCUGCAUAGAUCUAUCAGUGUUUUUUGGCCCACUUUAUUGAGCCACUCAAGAAGAUCAAAGGCAAGCUGAGCAACAUGAAUCCACUGUGUAGCAGAUGUGACAAGGUUGUGUACCCUACGGAAAAAGUCAAUUGUCUGGACAAGUACUGGCACAAAGGAUGUUUCACCUGCGAGGUCUGCAAAAUGACUCUGAAUAUGAAGAACUACAAAGGCUUUGACAAGAAACCUUACUGCAGCCAACACUACCCUAAAUCAUCCUUCACCAGUGUGGCCGAUACACCAGAGAACCUCCGACUCAAGCAGCAGAGCAAAAUGCAGAGUCAAGUGCAGUACAAAGAGGAGUUUGAGAAGAAUAAAGGGAAAGGCUUCAGUGUGGUGUCUGAUACACCAGAGAUGCAGAGGGUGAAGAAAACACAAGAUCAGAUCAGCAAUAUCAAAUAUCAUGAGGAUUUUGAAAAAAGUCGGAUGGGUGGAGAGGGCUCACCCACUAAUGCCUUCAACAGUCCAGGCUUUCAGCAACCAGCUCAAUCUCCGAGUUUCAACUAUGAUCCACAGCCUGUGCGUUCGGCUGCUGCUCAUCCACCGCCCUCUAGUGGUGGGAAGCGCUAUAGGGCAGUGUACGACUACGCAGCUGCUGAUGAGGACGAGGUAUCAUUUGCAGAUGGGGACUUGAUAGUGGACGUGCAGCAGAUAGACGAGGGCUGGAUGUUCGGACGCGUGGAGCGCACAGGAAAGCAGGGGAUGCUCCCAUCCAACUAUGUACAGGCAAUCUAAGGAAAAGAAUAAGGGGGGUAUAGAGGAUGAAAGGGAUAAAAGAGUGAGGGAUGCACUGAGGAGCGCAUGACAAUUUUGGCUACGUCUCAGUUUUAGUUUUAAUUUGCCCCAGUGUAUGUCAUUAUAUGUUCAUCCCGUUGUGAUGCAAGAUAGAAGAACUCAACCAGACAUCUAGGCUUUAGAUAGACUCUUGGCAUUUGAGUAUUAUGUUUUUCUUAUUUUCCAUUUUGCUUUUUGUUUCAGCUGUUCUUAAAAGGAUGGGUUACACAACAAUGAAAAUACUGUCAUCAUUUACUCACCUUCAUAUGGUUUAAAACCCAUAUUCAUUUCUAACUUCUAUGGAACACAAGGGAAGGAAUUUUGAAAUAAAGUCUUACAGGUUUGGAACAACAUGAGGGUGAGUCAAUUAUGAGAGAUUUUCUUAUUUUUAUUUUGUGCGAUCCAUCCCUGUGAGCUUUCCCUGCAAUGCUGCGUAGUUUUGGUGGGGUUGUGCAUUGCUUUGCUGCUGUGUUGAAAUUUCUGCAGAUUGUUCUCUGUCUUUGAUUUUAAAACAGUGCAGUGAAGUGGGUAAAACUUCCCAUGGACCUUUUUUAAGAUGAUUGGGCAAUGCCAGCCGGUACGUUAGGGCUGUAGAAUCGUAUGAAUGGACAACAUUCAUCAUGCAAACAAUGUCUUAAACAGUGGUCUUCUUCUACCACAAGCACUGCAGAACGGUUAUAGACUCCCUCUGCCUCUGGAAUACUUUUAUUAUGCACUUUGAGGGAAUACCAAAAAGAAUAUUAGGUUUUAUAUGUUAAAAAAAGCUUUUUCUUGACAAGCAGGCACAGUAAACCCUGAAAGCUGUUGUCCAUCAAGAAUGAGAUGAACCACAAAAAACAAUGAGGUUUUAUAGAAUUAUAUAUAAAAAAAAAAACAAUGUAUAGAAUAAUCACCAGUUUUUAUCAUUCCAUUUUUAUUUUGUUACAAAGCAUUCCAGUCCAUGAAAUCGAAUAAUAAAGUGAUCAUUAAAGCAAUGAAA